CUACCUGCGAUUUCGUAUCCUUCGGCGAGACUCCAGCCACUGAUAUCACCGGCUCUCUCAGUGCCACUACCCACUUUCACAUGGGCGCCCGGGGACUGCAACCCAACCGUUGGAAACCUCCGCAACAACUGGCCGCCCAUGGCAACGCCUUAUUUCCCACUUCUACAAAGGGUAUCUCAAGCCGGCAAUACAACACGCGUGAUGGUGCAUGGUAAGAAGCGCCGCCACUUCCCGGUUUGUCUUCGCAACGGACCGAAUCAAAUGCAGUGCUUGGCGGCAUGCUUCUCUGCAAGCAAGAAUCCCAAGAUUUUAUCUCCAGCCUCUCACGACCUCUCAGGGAAUAACCGACGGGCGCCCGGCAGCUCGGCGCAAGAGAUUUUCAGGUCCCCUUUGCACGAAUUCUUCAAGAAUCCACAAAACAUCAAAGAAAGCCCCACUCAUUUCUUGUUCCAACUUCUGCUUCGUCGCAACCAACAUCCUUAGCUUCUCCGCCAUGUUCUCUCAGUGGUUGGCCUUUCCAUGCCACCACGUUCGGCUCCGGAGAAGCCUCGGUCAAACAACCUUGGAACGUGCGAUAAACGUCACGCAGAUUCAACGCCCGAGAUCUGCAGCGCCAUUCCCGCUUUUCCCCAGUUUUUACCAGGAUGAGGCUGACCCUAGCUCUACGAAAACGGGAAUGCCGAAACGCUUGCCUCGCUACCUUCCGCUUCCCAUCACCGCCAGCCUUCAACACAUGCUAAUUUUCUCGACGAUCCACAAGUACGACCUCCAAGUGGAGAGUUCCGGUCAAGGUCUUACCAGAUGACGUCGCUGAAGGCUAAUGUGGAACCAAAAGACUGCAUGGUACCGUAAUCCGCAAUCUCUGCAUGGAGACUGCGUGCCACUGAACCGAGAGGGCGAGCUGGGGGGAGCGUGGUACAAGUAGAUAAAGACCCUGCGUCCCCGCACUGCGUGAUAGUCGCAAACCCCGCUGUUGAUUCUGUCACUGCAAGUUUUAUACCCCUUCCCUUCCGCGUGCAAGCACACGCUUUUCAUCUUA